AUCUGAGUCUUAUUAUCAAUUUAUUUCUUAGGAAUCACUAAAAACAAUAUGUUAGUAGACUUUGUGGAUUGUUCAUUCGUAGAUUUUCGAUUCGAUAGCUUUACCUUGUAGCAUAUACAGAUAAGGCUUAAUUAUAACUUGCCUAGUCAAGGUUCUAUAAUGUAAUUGGAAUGUAGAAAUAUAUAAUAAUAUAUUGAAUUGUAUACGAGCAGACACGGUAACUAUAAGUCGAAAUCAUGUUUUCGUUCAGAAAAUUUUCAGUAAUUAAUUGUAUUCUAGCAAUUCGUAUCUGUUUCGGACAUUUCUGCGAAUUGUCUACAUCGAAACGGGUUAACUUCGUUUGCAAAUACUAUUGUAUAGUAUUUUAUAUAUGGCAAAUUAUUUUUUUGUACAAAUAUUUACUUCUCGCAUCUACACAUCUAUACCUACAACUUAUACUUGUAUGCUUCAAAUCUAUAUCUAAUGCGCUCAUUGCGGUUUUUUUUAAGGAGUCAUAUUUUUUUAAAUAUUGUGCAGAUGUUGAGACGAUUGAUAAAGUGUUACGAUUCAAUGUAAAGUCCACUAUUUAUUCAAUUGUUGUUUACGGAAUGUCUCUAAUACACUACAUUAUAAUCACCAUUUUCAUAUUUAAAACCUAUAACGCAGGUUCUUUCUUCGAGUUUUGCUCGUUUUUAGUAUCCGACGUUUCUUUAAUGCUUGCUUCCAUUGUUAUUUCGUUGAGUUACGAAAUGUUUUGGACUCGAAUGAAAUUAUUGAAGGAUUACUUUAAGCAAUACGUUCACAAUGGAGACUUGACUGUUGAGUCGAAGAACUUCCACUUGAAACAGUUUACACAUGUUUACAAAAGUCUUUUAGAUGCCGUGAAAGAUGCGAAUGCUGCUCUCAAAAUAAAGAUGUUUAUCGACACAAUUUUUGUAUUCAGCAAGAUGGUUACUGAGACUCAUUUUCAAAUCAUUGCCGUUAUUUCAGAUGGGUUUUCUUUGAACAUGAUUCUGCCAAUAACCAGUAUUUUAGCACAUUUUUACCUAACUUUUCUGGGCGUAAUAUUUUUAGAGUUGGUUCUAAAGGAAUAUGAGGAAAUAAAAGGCAUGAUAGCUCUCGAGUUAGUAAGAUGUGAAGAUGCUGAAUACCAUGAUGAAAUUGUAUUAACUCUAGAAUAUUUAGAGGUUAGGGCCCCUCGUUACUCAAUAUGGAGGAUCUUUCCCCUGGAUAUAUCACUUUUAACUGGUUUACUUAACUGUUCUGUCACCUACAUUAUAGUUUUAUUAUCUUUUAAGUAUUAAGCAAAAGUGUUAAGACAUAAAAUCCAAUGCGAAUAUCGAUCAUUUCGAUAUCAUCUAUUAUAAUUAUCUUCAUGUUGUAUCGUGCACGAUUCAGAUUCUAUAGUGAUAGGGCUCAAUCACAUUAGCAUAAUAUUUCAUAUCGAAUCACUUUACUAGAACUAUAAUGUUUAUGGAAAUGAAUAACAUUGCGUCGAUGCUAUAAAAUAUUUAAGCACUAAGUGACAUUUUUAUACCUAC